GCUGCGCCUCGCCCGGCCUCCGCCGCCGUCUCCUGCUCGCACCACUGCUGCCGGGCGCCGGAGUAAUAUGCUCACUCGAGUGAAAUCUGCCGUGGCCAAUUUCAUGGGCGGCAUCAUGGCUGGCAGCUCAGGCUCCGAGCACGGCGGUGGCGGCUGCGGAGGCUCGGACCUGCCCCUGCGCUUCCGCUACGGGCGGCCUGAGUUCCUGGGGCUGUCUCAGGACGAGGUGGAGUGCAGCGCCGACCACAUCGCCCGCCCCAUCCUCAUCCUCAAGGAGACCCGGCGGCUGCCCUGGGCCACUGGCUACGCAGAGGUUAUCAAUGCUGGAAAGAGCACACACAAUGAAGACCAAGCCAGCUGUGAGGUGCUCACUGUGAAGAAGAAAGCAGGAGCCAUUAUCUCAACCCCAAACAGGAACUCAUCUAAGAGACGGUCCUCCCUUCCCAACGGGGAAGGACUGCAACUAAAGGAGAACUCGGAAUCAGAAGGUGUGUCCUGCCACUACUGGUCGCUAUUUGAUGGUCACGCGGGAUCAGGGGCCGCCGUGGUCGCAUCCCGACUGCUGCAGCACCACAUCACGGAGCAGCUGCAGGACAUCGUGGAGAUCUUGAAGAACUCUGCCGUGCUCCCGCCGACCUGCCUGGGGGAGGAGCCGGAGAACACACCCGCCAACAGCCGGACUCUGACGCGGGCGGCCUCCCUCCGCGGAGGGGUGGGAGCCCCGGGCUCCCCCAGCACCCCACCCACCCGCUUCUUUACGGAGAAAAAGAUUCCACACGAGUGCCUAGUUAUCGGGGCCCUUGAAAGUGCAUUCAAGGAAAUGGACCUACAAAUAGAACAAGAGAGGAAUGCAUAUAAUAUAUCUGGUGGCUGCACAGCCCUCGUUGUGAUUUGCCUUUUGGGGAAGCUGUAUGUGGCCAAUGCUGGGGAUAGCAGGGCCAUAAUCAUCAGAAGUGGAGAAAUCAUCCCCAUGUCUUCGGAAUUCACCCCUGAAACUGAGCGCCAGCGACUUCAGUACCUGGCAUUCAUGCAACCUCACUUGCUGGGAAAUGAGUUCACACAUUUGGAGUUUCCAAGGAGAGUGCAGAGAAAGGAACUUGGAAAGAAGAUGCUCUACAGGGACUUCAAUAUGACGGGCUGGGCAUACAAAACCAUUGAGGAUGAUGACUUGAAGUUUCCCCUUAUAUAUGGAGAAGGCAAGAAGGCCCGAGUAAUGGCAACUAUUGGAGUGACCAGGGGACUUGGGGACCAUGACCUGAAGGUGCAUGACUCCAACAUCUACAUAAAACCAUUCCUGUCUUCAGCUCCAGAGGUCAUAUGUGGAUGGAUUUGUGUCUGGAUUCUCAGUUCUGUUCCAUUGGCCCAUGUAUCUGUUGUUGUACCAGUACCAGGCUGUUUUGACUACUGUGCCAGAUCUUCUGAGGUCAUAUGGUCUGUCACAUCUACAUCUAACUCAGCCUGUGAAGAAAGAGCCAGAGAUUUUAGAGCCGUAAGAGUCUAUGAUCUCUCCAAAUAUGAGCAUGGAGCAGAUGAUGUGCUGAUCCUGGCCACUGAUGGACUCUGGGAUGUUUUAUCAAAUGAAGAAGUGGCAGAAGCAAUCACUCAGUUUCUUCCUAACUGUGAUCCAGAUGACCCUCACAGGUUCUUGGGGAUCCCUCACUGUACUUACAUUGUUCAAGGGGAGAGUAUAGCAUUGGUACACACUGGCAGCUCAGGACCUGGUGAUGCGUGCCCGGGGCGUCCUGAAGGACAGAGGAUGGCGAAUAUCUAAUGACCGACUGGGCUCAGGGGACGACAUUUCUGUAUAUGUCAUUCCUUUAAUACAUGGAAACAAACUGUCAUGAAAACAGACCAGGAUAUUGGGAGGACUGAGGGGAAGAAAGCUGGGAAGCCUCUUGUGGGGCAGGAUUGGAAAGUACCCAGGUGGAGCUCCAGGUGAUGCGAUCUUUUCCCAGUCCAGAUAGGAUAGGUGAGGAGUUUGCUGCCAAAAGGCCUCUGGUUAUGCUUCCAGAUGACCCUUGGGUUUCAGUUUCCUCUUUAGUAACAGGUCUGGAUAAUCAACAAGAGCAAAACACAGAGGCUGCUACUGCGUGUUGUGUUUCUGUUGGUUCCUUUUAUAGGCCUCCUAGUAGGCCUUCUGCCUAUUUUGAACACAUACAACAUAUUUAUUUUAUCUAGAGUAGCUGGUGCAGCCAUUUUCAGGUGUAACUGGCAGAAGACUCUCCAGCUGGUCAAGCUGCUGACUUCUCUACGGGUUAAAAUUGCUGCAUUGGAAAGUUGGAGAUUUUGCCUCAGAAAGUACAAGCAUCCACCUUCUAGUAAGCGUGAGAUUUUAUUUCAGGGAACAUUUCUAUCUCCCUAUCUCUCUUUAUCUCCCUCUCUCUUUUUUCUGAUGAUGAUGGGUUGAGGCAGGAUUUUUCCUUUUUUGACAUUCCUUGAAUAUUUACUUUUUCCUUUCCGUAGAACAGGCCUGGGACUUUCCAGCUCCUUGCUGAGAAAUUUGUGUGUCAAAUUCCAACCCAGGCUGUCCCCAGAACCUCGGGCAGCCACCUGGAGCAGUGCCCUGCAUAACAGAGUACUGUCUUUGUUGUAUAACUGAAUUUGUCCCUGAGUUACAUUUUCUUACCAAAUUAGUGUGUUUUCAUAAAAAUAUGCGUGUUUCUCUGGACCAACAGUUCCUCUAUUGUCUUUAACAGCUCCCCUAGUUAUGGCUUGAGGUUUCCCUAUAAUAGUCUGGGUUUUCAUUUCUGGAGUGGUUGGGCUUCCCCCACCCGCUAUGUGGUGGGGCAUAUGUCAAGCAGUGUUUAAUAUAGCAGAGGUAUAGGAAGUUCCUACUGUCAGUUCGUUCUCCAUACUUCAUUUGAGAAUCAUUCCUCCGUUCUGAAUGCAGGUCUUAUGAGCCGUGACUGUCCCCAUGCCCACUCCAAACAAAGUGGAAGUAUCAAAAAAAUGCCACAAAGCAAUGCUUCUACUCUCGCCAUCAUCUUGGUGUAGGUCCUUCAAUAAAAGGGAAUUCGAAUUGGGUUGACUGAUCAUUCUCAUGCUAUACUUCCUUUCCUUCUGCAGGGCAUCAUGUCAUUGCUACCCAAGAACUGAAACCCCCAUUCUCACUGUAGCUCCACCUCCAAGUGGUCCUUACAAGUGAAGCAGCAGCAGCUGUAGAAACAGGGGACACCAUAUCUACCUGCUGUUUGUCUGCAAGGAGAAAUCAGAAAGUAAAUGUUUAGAAAUCACUUCUAUCUCUUGGGCAGACUGCUGCUCUGCUCUACAUUGGGGAACUUGUAGAGCAAUGUCCAGUUUCCAAGUUUUCUUCCUGCAGGCCUGCUAUGGUAUCGUCACCGUUUUGACAGUUUUGUGUACUUAAAACGUUCUUCCAACCCAAUAAGCGGUAAUUGAUCCCAAAAACUGCUGGAGAGCCGAUUCCGAUUCUCAUGUUUGUUUGAGUUGCUUCCCCAGAGAUGAAAGGAUAAGAGCCCUUCCUCAAAGGUACUAAAUCUCCUGUAUUCCUAAAAUUGUAGGUAUUUUCUUAAGAAAGGCCUGGAGACUUUCUACUCUGGAGUGAAUUCAUCCCACAGUAUGGAAAUGGUGGCCUGUCAGGCGUGUGAAGUGCUGUGGGGACCCACCCCGCCAGGUAUUUGCCAAAAUGUUGCCUGAGAAGAAUUUUGACUACUCUAUUGCCAGGAAUCUUUUUCAUCUGAUAACUUUCCCUCCUCCUUAAGCAAAUCUUAGCCACCUCAAUAUCUGUGGAGAGAAGUUUGUGGUAAACCAUUUGCUUCCCUGGCAGAAUAUGAUGCAAUGGGAAAAUACUCAGGCAUCCUACAGCAGUGUGGUCAACUUUCAGCUCCUUCCUGGACUUCCAAAGUCAUGUACAAACUGGAAACUUGAGAAGGUCUUCCGUGGAGGACCUGAGCCUUCUUCUUUGGGAAGCUGCAGUCACAAUCACCUCUUCCCCGUGUUCCCAUCGCCUUGCAUUUGUUUCCUUUCUUGGGCCUGUGUCUGGGCCCCACCUUAAGCUUCUCUAGUUCUAUUCAUGUCAGACUUUGUCCGACUCUGCUAGAGUCAGAGCUUUAGUGCAGAUACCACAUAGCUGUCAUGAUAGCCAUCUAACCACUGUGGCUGUUAACCAAAAGGUUGGGAGUUUGAAUCUAUCCAGUUCCUUGGAAACCCUGUGGGGCAGUUCUACCCUGUCCUGUAGGGUCGCAAAGAGUUGGAAUCUACCCAAUAGCCAGGGGUUUGUUUUUUAUGUUGUUGUUUGUUUGCAUGUUUAUAUUUUGAAGGCAUGCCUCAGACAAAACUCUGAAACUCCCUUAUUCAAUUGACCUUAAAACUUAAGCACUUCAUCCUACUGGGUUUGGUUAGAAAUGUAUUCAGGAAUUUUUCUCAUAAGCCAUAAGAAAAUAAGCACCCUUGGGUGGAAAGAUCUUAGUACCAUGCUCAAGCCAUGUUUCUGCUUGGGGCAUGGGAGGAAGAUUACAAAUGAGGCGAAUAGGUCAAAAAUGGAAAAAAUGAUUUGUGAAUGCCGCAGCAGACCUGUCCAACACUCAUAUUGCUCUAUAAAUUGAGCUCACUCUGUGUUGACUUUAUUUUUUACCGAGGCUCCAAGUCACCCAUCUCAGAGAAAUAACUGCAUCUACAUAACCAGUUGGCCCUUGGAGCAUUCCUGGAAAGAUCAAAAGACAACACACUCAAAAUUCUGCAAAAGAUAUUUGUAUGUGGUUCUGAAAUUUUGUGUAUCUGACUUGUAGCCAAAUCUGCUCACCCUAAUACCCCCAGAGAAAAUUGUGUUUAAUAGAAAGCUUUUGGUUUCCUAGUCAAGGCUGUAGAGUUGUCUUGGGGUGCGUGUGGUCACUUACUACCUCAAUGAAAGGCUGUUUCAGUUCUAAAUCUCUUUGUUGGUCUGGCCCUACCCUUCAGACUACUUGGUGUGACACUCCUCUCCUUAAAGUUCUACAACUAAAGCUUUGUUCUUGUAACAGCUGAAAUCUAGCAGUGUCAGCAGUCAGAGAUGUAGAGAGUAUGUUCUGCGGUGGUUUUGCAUACCUACCUGCUGUUUUGGGGGUGGGCAGGGAGAGAAGAAAGUGUAGCUAGGUCAAGUACUCAGCUGUCUAAUAUGACAAAGCCAAAAAAAAAUAAGAAUUUUACUUAUUUUCCACAGUAUUACUGCUUUGGAGGGCUUGGGAAUAUUUAAUUUUUAAAUUCCCAGCAACAUACCUCCAUGAAGCUGUGUGAAAUUAGAUUUGCCCACUCUUGUUCUUCCUCCCUUCUCUAAGCAUUCAUUUACUUCUUGGGGAGAAUUGCAGCCAUAGGUACAUAUUGUUGGGCAGGAAUGAGAGUCCCAGUACCCAGAUUUGGCCUCAGGUCUUGGCCGUUCAGGCAGGGUUUUGGUUGACCAAGAGCACUAGCAUGGAGAUGAUCUUGGACAAUCUCCAACAUCUUUAAAAAUUCUGAUUCUCUUCUUGAUUUCACCUCCCUCACCUCCUUUCGCAUCUGCCAAUCAACUUUCUUUCUAAGGCUACAGGUGGUCAGUGCUUUCCUUCUACCACAGAUUGAGGGUCUGACCUUUCCUUAAGUGAUCCAUGAGCUCCACUGUUUUCAAGGUGAAGAUGUUAAGCUUUUAUGAGAUUCUAUUUUCAUUAGGUUAGUGCUUCUAGGGACACUUGGAAAGAACAGUCUGAGAGUCAUUGUCUAUGCAAAGAACAGCUGGGCUGACCUCAAAAGUUACCAGAUCAAAGAAGAAAAUAAAACAGACUUUGGCCACAUGAUAGAUUAGCUUUAUGUUAGGAACUUGGAUUUUUGAGGAAUUGGAUUUUGGGGAUUGCAGAGAAAUGUUGCAGCUUCCAUGCCACAGCCCACCUCUCUGAGUGAAGUUUUGGUUUUAUGUGGGCAUUCCAGCAUAUGUGUGUACACCGGGAUUUUCCGAAGGACACUAGGUGAGCAACCAACUUUCCCCUUCUGUGAGCAUCAUGGCUCUGUGUCAGGUUUCAGUGCUGGUCUGAGGAGUACUGCUGUUUUCAAUCUACAAUGUUAUCUGUGUAAAUAGCUUUUUUUUUUUUUUCCCUAUACGUCUUAGAUGGAGUUGUGUUCAUGUAGCAACCAGGUAGAUGGUGACCAAAUGAGGCUGUAAAUGUGCCGUCGUUUUUACUGUGACGUACUUGAAGGAGGAGAGCCUUGUGUCCUCCGCUCUCCCAAUCUUCUAUUUUGUGUUUGGGGAGUCUUGGUGUUUUUUCACCCCUACGUUGCCUCCAUUUGCUUUGUUUCUUCUGGAGACCCAGGGAGGCCCACGGUGGAGACCAUUUUUACGGAAUGUACCAUGGUCUGGGUUUCCAAAAAUAUCCUACGUACAGUGAAUGAGAGAAUCUGCCUGAAAAUGGUUUCAGAACCACGUACUUUUAUGCGUUGUGCUUGUGAAACAUUGACUUUCGUAACCCAAAAAUGAAAACUGUUUAGUAAAGGGGAUCUAUUUUGUGUGUUUUGAGACUUAGGUGCAAUGUUCCAUGGAAAAAGUUGAAGAAAUGUAUAUGCUCAAUGACAUUUUAAAAUAAAAUAUUAUAUAUAUGUAUAUAGGA